GCAGUCCAGAGUGAUGUGGGAUUUCACACUCCCCGCCCCUCCCUGCUGUCCUUUAGGGAAAGGGGCGUGCCUGGGAGGCGGGCCUCACUGCCUAGCACAGGGGCGUGCACUGUACACCUGGAGGGGGAGAAACAGUUGGGAGAUGCCCCGGCCCAGGGCACCCUGAGGGGCAGGGGCACAUGCUGGUACUCAGACUGCACUGAGCCCGUGGGCCCGGGGCCUCACUGUGAGGGCCCCCCCACGCCCCCUGCAGCCACCCAGCCUGGCUCUGUGCCUGCAGCAGGCCCGGAGUGACAGGCCCCCUGGGGGCCGCUGGGGGCAGGCUGAGGCUAUUCUGGGGAGCUGGGUAGGGUUUCAGGUUUGUUUUGCCUGUGGGAGGCACCUUGGGAGCCGGGUGUGGCCCGCUCUGCACUGACCUUCAGCCGCUCCGUCUGGGGGGCACUCACGUCCGGUCGGUCAGUCGGGAGGAGCUGGGGUAGUCCUCAUGCCCAUCCGCCAGCUGGGGCCGAGGGGUGUUCCCUACCCGCCCGGCCAGGCCAGGCCAGGCCUGAGCUGCUAAUACCGGCUCCCUGCAGCCUGAUCCUCUUAGCCCUGACUUGGGGCCCUUCACCUGCUGCGUCAGCCCACGGAGGCCAGCACCGGUGGUCUGGGGGGUGGUGCGGUGAUGCCACUGCACACACCUGGGGAGCCCCAGCCAUGAGCAGCCCCCCCGCUUACCCUGGCAUCAGGGUCUCGGGGUGCUGGGCCCUUGGAGCAGAAGGCAGCAGCAAUGCAGAGUCCCUGGACAGGCUGCUGCCGCCCGUGGGCACGGGCCGCCCGCCCCGGAAGCGAACCACCAGCCAGUGCAAGUCGGAGCCGCCCCUGCUGCGCACGCGGAAACGCACCAUCUACACGGCGGGCCGGCCGCCCUGGUACAACGAGCACGGCACCCAGUCCAAGGAGGCCUUCGUCAUCGGCCUCGGAGGCGGCAGUGCGUCUGGGAAGACCACAGUGGCCAGGAUGAUCAUCGAGGCUCUGGACGUGCCCUGGGUGGUGCUGCUGUCCAUGGACUCCUUCUACAAGGUGCUGACCAAGCAGCAGCAGGACCAGGCUGCCCAGAACAAUUUCAACUUUGACCACCCGGACGCCUUUGACUUCGACCUCAUUGUGUCCACACUCAAGAAGCUUAAGCAGGGCAAGAGCGUCCAGGUGCCCAUCUACGACUUCACCAGCCACAGCCGCAAGAAGGACUGGAAAACGCUCUACGGCGCAAACGUUAUCAUCUUUGAGGGCAUCAUGGCCUUUGCCGACAAGACACUGCUGGAGCUCCUGGACAUGAAGAUCUUUGUGGACACGGACUCUGACAUCCGCCUGGUGCGGCGGCUGCGCCGGGACAUCAGUGAGCGUGGCCGGGACAUCGAGGGUGUCAUCAAGCAGUACAACAAGUUCGUCAAGCCCGCUUUUGACCAGUACAUCCAGCCCACCAUGCGCGUGGCUGACAUCGUGGUGCCUCGGGGGAGCGGGAACACGGUGGCCAUCGACCUGAUUGUGCAGCACGUACACAGCCAGCUGGAGGAGCGUGAACUCAGCGUCAGGGCCGCGCUGGCCUCGGCACACCAGUGCCACCCGCUGCCGCGCACGCUGAGUGUCCUCAAGAGCACGCCGCAGGUGCGGGGCAUGCACACCAUCAUCCGGGACAAGGAGACCAGCCGCGACGAGUUCAUCUUCUACUCCAAGAGGCUGAUGCGGCUGCUGAUCGAGCACGCGCUCUCCUUCCUGCCCUUCCAGGACUGCGUCGUGCAGACGCCCCAGGGCCACGACUACGCGGGCAAGUGCUACGCCGGCAAGCAGAUCACGGGUGUGUCCAUCCUACGGGCCGGGGAGACCAUGGAGCCUGCGCUGCGCGCCGUGUGCAAGGACGUGCGCAUCGGCACCAUCCUCAUCCAGACCAACCAGCUGACGGGGGAGCCGGAGCUCCACUACCUACGGCUGCCCAAGGACAUCAGCGAUGACCACGUGAUCCUGAUGGACUGCACGGUGUCCACGGGUGCUGCGGCCAUGAUGGCAGUCCGUGUGUUGCUGGACCAUGACGUGCCAGAGGACAAGAUCUUCCUGCUGUCCCUGCUCAUGGCAGAGAUGGGUGUCCACUCAGUGGCCUACGCGUUCCCGCGAGUACGGAUCAUCACCACAGCGGUGGACAAGCGUGUCAACGACCUGUUCCGCAUCAUCCCUGGCAUUGGGAACUUCGGAGACCGCUACUUUGGGACCGAUGCAGCCCCCGAGGGGAGUGACGAGGAGGAAGUGGUGGCGGCCAGUUAGGAGUGAGGCCUGGGACAUGGCAGGCACUGUAUAGUGACUCAUUAAAAGGUGU